AUAGGUAAUUGAGAAGAGGGAGAAUAUUAUGCUCUGCUAGGGUUUCUCACCACCGCUCCCACUCACCGGAAAAUCUCACGACACUCGCUGGAACGACGAAGCACAGCGCAAGGAAAACAGAUAUACUCUCAAAAGAGAAGAAAACUUUACAGAAAUGAAACGAGACAAUUUCUACGGAAGAGAGUCUUCAAAGGAAGAGAAAGAAAAUAAGGAGAAAGAUAAGGAGAAGGAAGAAGAUAUGUUCACUAAGUUACCUGAGCAAAUUAUUGUACACAUCCUUUCUUUUUUGGAUGCAAAAAUUGCAGUUCAAACAUCAGUUCUGAACAAACGGUUUAGGUAUCUUUGGGUUUCCCUGCCCGUUAUUAACUUCGAUGAGGCAUCAUUCCAAGAUGCUGAGUCUUUCGAGGAUUUUGUAUUUAAUUUUUUGUCGUGCAGAGAUACUUCCACCAAUGUUUUCAACUUUAAUUUAAAGUGUCGCAAAGACCAUGCACCCAUCCAUCGUGAUAAUCAUGUGGUAUAUUACAUCAUUUACCAUGUUAUUGAUACACCAUCCAUCACCACUAACAUUGAGGUGCUUACAAUCCUUGCUGAGUGUGCUCUGAGCAAACUUCCUAAACUCUCUGUAUGCACAUCUCUCACUACUCUGAAACUUACUUACAUACUCACUCUGACCAAAAAUUUCGAUAUUCCUUCUCUUAAACACCUAUACCUCUGCUGUUGUCGAUUUGUGGUUGGAAGGGUAAACUCUUUUGAUCCAUUUAAGGGUUGUGUCAAUUUGGAAUCUUUACAUAUUGAUAGAUGUACAUACCAUGAUGAAAUCAAUACCUUCAAAAUCUCUACCCCCAACCUUCUAGACUUAAAUAUAUCACAUUUUUUAGUUGAUGGGGAGUUUGGUGAAAAUGACUGUGUCUUUGAGCUUCAAACACCAAGGCUUCGAUAUUUUAAAUAUGAUGGUUAUCGUUUAUAUUGUUUUUCCACUGAGAUCAAUCUUCUCUUUGUGGAGGAACUAUAUAUUGAUGUAGGUUUGUUGCCUAAAGAUAUUUAUUCCUUAUAUACUCUGAUUGAGCUAUUUGAAAUCAUGCAAAGGGCAAAGUCUAUAUCCUUGUCAUCCAAAAUCAUUGAAGUUUUAUCUAUGUUUCCUGAUGAAUUAGAGGAUAAAUGUUCUCCUUUCACUAGAAUGGAAACUUUUGAGUUAAUAGGUGACACAUCUUCCUCCUUUGCCAUGCCUCAAGACGUAAAAAAUUAUUUAUUUGGUGAAGACAACUCUUCUUUCACUCCACAGACUGAAUUUGAACAAUUUGUUUUUGAUUACUUUAAAAGAGCAUCUAACAGGAUCAUGAGGGUUGAAAAUUCUGUGUUAAAAGUUGAAAAGAAAGUUGAUGAGCUUAUUCAGAACUAUAUAAACAGUGCUUAUUUAAAAGAAUAGUCUGAUGACGAAGAUGAGUCAACUGAGUAGGAAUCUAUGGAAAUGUCUGAAUCAGAACAGGAGUUUAAAGUCUUUGUGAUGUCUCUUUUGAUGGUUUUCUAUUUUGAAAAAAAUGAAAAAAUGUAAAAGUUUGCUAUUAAGUUUGAAUAUAUGCUUGUACUUUUGUUAUGAAAUUAUCAAUGAAAUGAUCUAUUUUGAAUUACAUCAUGUGGUAAACAACUGACCGAUUGACUGAAAAUGAAUGUAUCUGUAUGUAUGAGUGCAAAACUGUUAAAUGCACUGUCAUAUAUUGUCUUUGCACACUCAUACUAAAUUGAUGACUCUUUCA